AUGAGAAGCCUGGUUCCGACUUUAGGCUCGGGAGCCGGGCCUAAAUUUCCGGCUCCAGGUCCGGCUCCCGGCUCGGAACCGGAGAUGCUCAGAGCCGAAGACAAGAGCCGGCUCCGGAGCCGUGGUAAUCUCUGCUUGCGGGCAAUCACUUUGCGGGCAGCUAGAAGAACGGCAGAGAUCCUGCGGGCUCGUUUGGAAAUCAGCUAA